AUUCCAACCAACAGAGAAGAAAGGCAACAGGGAAAGAUGCUUCUUCUAUAAAUCAUACAUCAUCUUCAUCUCUUUACUCCCCCUGAGAAUCCUCCUUUUAAGUGUCUUUUAUAUACUAAUAUUAAAAAUAAAACAAGAAGAGGAAGAAACAGUUUCUUCUUCUCCUUCACAAUCCAAUGGCUCUUACGUUGCCAUUGAUCUUCCUCUUGUUAUCCCAUUUCUUCUUCCCUGGGGUCGAACCGACGAGCUUUGUUAUGGUGAACAAAUGUGAAUACACAGUCUGGCCGGGACUUUUAUCCAAUGCCGGAGUUCCUCCGCUUCCGACGACUGGCUUCGUUCUCCAAAAAGGCGAAGAGCAAACCAUCGACGCUCCAGCUUCAUGGGGCGGUCGUUUCUGGGGAAGAACACUCUGCUCCACCGACACAGACGGUAAAUUCUCCUGCGCUACCGGAGACUGCGGCUCCGGGACACUAGAAUGCUCCGGGUCCGGCGCCACACCACCGGCGACGCUAGCUGAGUUCACACUCGACGGAUCAGGAGGUCUCGACUUCUACGACGUAAGCCUCGUGGACGGGUACAACGUUCCCAUGCUCGUCGUCCCUCAGGGAGGAUCAGGGCAGAACUGCAGCAGCACGGGUUGUGUCGUGGAUCUGAACGGUUCGUGUCCUUCGGAGCUGAGGGUGACGAGCGUCGACGGAGCUAAACAGUCCAUGGGUUGUAAAAGCGCGUGCGAAGCGUUUCGGACGCCGGAGUAUUGCUGCAGCGGCGCGUUCGGGACGCCUGACACGUGUAAACCGUCUUCGUACUCGUUGAUGUUCAAGAACGCGUGUCCACGUGCGUACAGCUACGCUUACGAUGAUCAGAGCAGUACCUUCACAUGCGCUAAGUCCCCUAACUACGUCAUCACUUUCUGUCCGUCUCCGAACACAAGUCAAAAAUCAUCUCAAGAUCAGAGCCCAGAUCCGAAACCGACGACUCCUGCCGGAGGAAUUACGACGUGGUCGCCGGCUGAUACAUCGAUGAUAUACGAAGGAGCUUUGGAUCAGAGUAAAGCAUCACCUUCCACGUCUCAUCUUUCGUUAUGUGGAAUCACAGUCACACUUGCGCUGGCAUUUUGUCGGAUGUGGUGGCUCUUUUGACCUAACCAUGUCUCCCGCGGUAAACAUUUAAUCAGGACGAUGUGGGCCCUCACUAAAACCCUUAUCUCUUCCCGGCCCAUGUGUCUUUUUCCUUAGAACGACGUCAGAUUGAGUCAGAGUUGAAAAAGGUAGAGCAAAAAUGUUUCUUACCGGAAAUUACAACAGUACUAAUAACGGGAGGAUUCUUAAUUGUGGUGAGGAACACGUGCGGAAAGAAAGUGGGCUUUUUUUUUUUUUUUUUUUUUUUUUUUUUGUUUAACCUGGGGGUAUCCCAGGCCGAGGCCCAGACUAAUCCCCAAGGGGAGGUGCAGCCCACGGAUGGACCCUCUCUCCGGGUAUUCAAAUGGGCCCUAAAGCAAGCCCAUAUCCGCGUGGCCACCAAUUGAUUUAACCGUAGCGGGGUGCCUUCGAACCCGGGUUGCUUAGCUCGCCGGUGUCCGCCUACCACAAAGUGGGCUUCUUGUGGAGUAAAAAAAGAUGGGAAUGAUAAUUGUAAGGUCUCAGAAUAUUUGUUUAAGUUUUAGUAUGAUUAGGAUUAGAAUAUAAUGUACACUAUAUAAAGUUAAUCUAUGGGGGAAUAUUUCAUUUGUUUGUUAUCUAAUGCUGCGUUGGCCAUUUGAAACAUUGAAAUGAAUAACAAUAAUGAUGCUAUUACAUGUU